UAUAAAUAAUUCUUUGUAUAGAGCUCCAACUCCAGUAAAACUCCGUGAGAGGUGGAUGGAUUACCAGGGAAUCAAGAACUGGGAAGGUUUGCUCGAUCCUCUUGACCAUAAUUUACGCAGUGAGAUAAUUCGAUAUGGCCAUUUCGUUGAGGCUGCAUAUAGAUCAUUUGAUUUUGAUCCUUCUUCUUCUUCUUAUGCAAUGUGCCGGUAUCCAAAAAGAAGGCUACUAGAUGAAUCGGGGUUCCCAGAGACGGGUUACAGAGUUACCAAGAAUUUAGUUGCCACUUCUGGGAUUCAAUUACCGGGUUGGAUUCAAAAGGCACCAAGUUGGAUGGCCAUGCAAGCGAGUUGGAUAGGUUACACAGCGGUGUGCCAUGACAGUCGAGAGAUUUCCAGGCUUGGACGACGCGACGUUGUAAUUGCAUUCCGGGGCACAGCUACAUGCCUGGAAUGGCUGGAAAAUCUGAGAGCCACUCUCACUCCUUUGUCCGAUGAUAAUUCCAAGCCAAGUGAAUUUUCAUGUCCAAUGGUGGAAAGUGGGUUUUUAAGUUUGUACACUUCCAGCAUUAGAAAUCGUCCGAGCCUGAAAAGACAGGUACGAGAAGAGGUUUCAAGAAUUCUUAAACUGUAUGGCAAUGAGCCUAUAAGUUUCACCUUCACCGGCCAUUCCCUGGGCGCCUCCCUCGCCACCCUCGCCGCCUAUGACAUCAAGGAAACCUUCAAGAACUCCCCCCUCGUCUCCGUAAUAUCUUUCGCCGGCCCUCGGGUCGGGAACCGGAGCUUCAGAAGCCACCUGGAUAGACAAGGCACAAAAGUAUUACGUAUAGUAAAUUCCGAUGAUCUCAUAACAAAAAUCCCCGGAUUCGUCAUUGACAACAACGACCAAAUGACGAACGAUUGCGAUCAUCACAUGGCUCAAAUUUCAACAUGGAUUAGAAAACUUGUGGAGGAUACUCAAUGGGUUUACGCUGAUAUCGGAUGCGAGCUCCGCUUAAGCAGCCGGAGCUCGCCGGAUUUGAAUGAUAUUAACAUCGCCACGUGCCACGAGCUCAAGACAUAUCUGCAUUUAGUCAAUGGAUUCGUAAGCUCCAACUGUCCAAUUAAGGCUACAGCAAGAAAAAUGAUUAACGAAACUUUAUUAUCGUAAAAUAUAUCUUAUAAAUAGAACUGAAAAAAAAUUUGGUGCACGGAAAAUUCCAUCAACAACAAAUGAUGAAAUUGCAGUGUAAUUUUUGUGUAGCAUUUCUGGCUGUGAAGUGUGGCGUCGAAGGAAAAGA